UCCUCGAGCGAGCGCUCGGCUUUCACCAAUCCGAAUCUGCCAGUGGAACACACGAACGCUCCGCGGGAGAUCACACAGGAAGUCUGCGUGCACGUGACACAAACGAGUUCCGAAAACUAUGCCCAAUUUCCGCUCAGUACGUUUCCACGGCAACCAAAGCCGCCGUCCCAUGUGCCAUCCCACGUGCGUAAUUUGACCGCGUCCCGCGGCAGCACAGAACACCUGUGCGGCAGUCGUAUAGAGUCUGUCAUUUUUGGUGUCGCGCCCGCAAGGACUGUGCAUGGAGAACGUAGGGUUGACGCCUGCAGUGCGCCGGCUGUUGCAGGAUCUCCUCAAGGAAGGUGGAAAUGAGUGCAACGGUGCUACCGAUGGCGACGCCGACGCUACGACCACUGAAGAACACAGUGGAUCUUCAAUAAAUGGUUCAGCUGCAUCCAGUGGUGUACCUGCAAGUGGGGCUGGCCAGUUAAGAAAGGUUGCUGCACGUGGUGCAACUCAAACUUCAUUGCUGAAGCCAUUAUGCCCUUUACCUUAACAAGCUCCGGGGUGCGAGUGGACAAGUGGAGAGACAAAGCUGCUGCUUGAUUUGUAUAGCACUUAUUUUCCUCAAGUGGGUCCUCUAAAAAAAUUCAGAAACAAAAAAGCCAUGUUCGAAAAAAUUGCAGUAGAGCUGCAACGCAGAACUGGUACAAUCAAGACUGGAGAGCAGUGCUGCACGAGGUACAAAACAGUGCUAAAGAGGAAAAAUGUAGCAGCCGUGGAAAAUAACACAUCUGGCAAUUCUCCAGCUGAUGUCCCCUAUGAAGAUGAGCUGGAGAAGAUCAAGUGGCUCGAUGACAGCCUGGAACCAGAGAUAGUCAGGGAUGCGAGCGGUGUGGUGUCAAGAAAGACACACCCACAGUUGUCAGCAUCAGAAUCCGUCCCCCAUGGGACGUCUAGCUCUUCAAGUUCUACUUGUAGUGCCACAGAGACUGCAGCUUGUUCCCUUGAGCAGGAGCAGCAGCCAAGAGACGACGGCAGAAAAAAUCGCCCGAGUACAGCCCGGAUGCUACAAAUGACUGCAUUUUUGGAAAAAGUCGAAGAAAUUGAAGAGCGCAGGGCAAAGAGAAGAGCUGAAAGAGACAUAAAAAAAGAAGAAAAGCGACUUGAAAAGAUGCAGAGGCGGGAUCAAAUGCAUGCAGAAAAGAUGAGCCUUCUGCGUGAAGCUUUUGGCUUAGACCACAAUGAUUAAAAUGCAAUAAAAACAUGUUUAUUGCAAA